AUGGAGCGGAGGACCGUCCAAAGGAAAGGGCAUGAGAAAACGCCAUUUCCUUGUUCCCCAUCGGAACCGUACCAGAUUCUUGUGGUCCGUCACCACGAGGACCGCCCGCCAGGAGUACUUCAGAUCGUGUUUGACCAUCUAGUAGCCAGUCCCGUUACCGUUAACCCAGA